CUAUAAAACUCGUAGCAUCCCUGCUCCAGCGGACAGUUUACAUUCUGCGAAGAAAGACGAUCAACGAUAGUCGCUCGAUUGAUAAAAUUUUGAUUUUCCUUCCAUAUUUGUUUAUACGAAAAGGCAGGAAGAUGGUCAGCAAAUCGACGAUUGUGCUGCUAUUCGGUGCUCUAUCAGUCGCGAUGGCAGCCCCAGGUUUCGGUGGUGGUCAGUACGAAGAGUCCAGACCGGACGGUCACCUCCAUCCCAGUGACAACAGCCAGGGACACCUGCAUCCAGCUGGACAGUCCGGUGGCGUGUACGACGACUCUCACCCGCAAGGACACUUAACACCGGUCGGUCAGAGCCACCACAACCACGGACAUCUGUUAGGAGAAAAUGGACAUGGACAGUAUCACGGCCCGAGCAACCAGAACCAUGGACAUCUGUUAGGAGAAAAUGGACACGGGCAGUAUCACGGUCAUGGUCAGGGCCAGAAUCACGGACACUUAUUGGGAGAAAAUGGACACGGACAGUACCACGCUCAGGGCCAGGAUCAAGCCCAACAGGGUGGACAAUACGUCGAGAAUGUCCACGGUGGUGGUUACCAACAACAUGGCUACUAAAGUUACAUUUUCCAUGCGACUGAGAAUCUAAUUCAUUCCAUCAAUUGUACUCACUAAUUUUCCUCCGACAAUAAUAUGAAAUAAUGUGUUUUUCAAUUUUUUCAAAUACACGAAACUUCUGAAAUUGUAA